ACAGCUCUGUAGGUGAAUAAGAUCUUGUCAAUUCCUUUGUUUUUGUAAUUGCAAAACUUUUUGCAGUAUCCCACCACCCGAAGACUGCCAUUGUUGUUAGAUGGGUAGAAUUAUAGCAAACUGAUUGCGUAGCUCUUUAAUUUAAUAGCUCUACAUUUGUACUGUUAGCUACGAAAUAAGUGAGGCAAGUAAGAGUGAUAUAGGUUUUGAGGCCGUCCCCAUAAUCCCAAGAAUUUUUGAAACGGUUCAGACCCUGCUGGAAGACUUCACCGUCAAGAAAUUAUGAUAACCUGUUCCUUUCGAGCAAGACGUUAAAGACACAUCAAAAUUCGUAUUUUGGUUUCUCGUGUAUUCAAGAUAAGAAUAGCUUCCCAGAGAUUCGUUCCACACUAAAUACCUCUGUUUUAGCACUGAUUUGUAGGAUGAAUAACAGGAAAACUCCACAUAUUGGUUAGGACCUACACCCAAGGACUACCUCUUUGGCAAUUCUUUCGUGCAUAUCAAUAGACCAACAUUCUAUCUUGCUUAUAAUAUUCUCAACCGGUCACAGAGACGUGGAGAGGACCGACUUUUCACAGUUAUUGUUCAUUGUGGGACCGGCUGUUUUGGAAAUUUUUGUGACACCCCAUAACAUUUCUACUUUGCGCCCCCUCCUGUACCUGUGUAAGACUUGAAGACUGGUACCGAGUAAUUUCAAUUGGCGCCAAAUUAAUUUGAAUUGCACAUGGGCCUAAGUUUUGGCUCAAAACUUAAAAUUCUGACCCAUUCUUGACCAAUUUCAUGGAACGAUUGAAGGAAUACUGAUCUACUUACUGAUGAACUAAAAAUAACAUAUUCUGGAUAUGUAUGAAGCCGACUUGUAAUUCCGUUACUUCAAUAAAUGGCCGGCAGACAAGGAAAUUUAACGAUUCUGAGUGUUGCCGAAAAGAAUGACGCUGCCAAGGAGAUUUCAAGGGUUUUGUCCUCAGGAAACUCACAAAGGAGAGAAGGAAUCUCAAAGUUCAACAAAAUUUAUGAAUUCAACUGCAAUAUUUUAAAUAGCAAUUCUAAAAUGAUAAUGACAUCAGUUUCUGGUCAUUUAUUAAACUUAGAAUUUGCUGGAGUAUACAGGAAUUGGCAAGGUUGUCCACCACUUUCACUAUUCUCAGCUCCUAUUGAUAGAUUUUGUCCAGAGCAAUACCAGAAUAUCAAGAGAACCUUGGAAAGAGAGGUGCGAAAAUGCCAGGUUCUAAUCAUCUGGACUGAUUGUGACAGGGAGGGUGAAAACAUCGGCUUUGAAAUCAUAGAAGUCUGCAAAAGUGUGAAGCCUAAUAUUACAGUUUACAGAGCACGAUUCUCAGAAAUCACUUAUGCGUCCAUAAACAGGGCAUGCAGAAAUCUGGUUGAGCCUGAUGCCAAUGCAGCGGCUGCCGUCGAAGUUAGAAGAGAACUAGACCUUCGCAUUGGUGCAGCAUUCACUCGAUUUCAAACUCUUCGCCUGCAGAAGAAAUUUCCAACUGUUCUAGCUGAACAACUCAUAAGCUAUGGAAGUUGCCAGUUUCCAACACUCGGUUUCGUCGUUGAAAGGUAUAAAGAGAUACAAGACUUCAUCUCAGAGACCUUUUAUAGAAUAAAAGUAAGACACACUGUUGAAGGAGUCAACGUCGAGUUUUCUUGGGAAAGAGGCCGCGUCUUUAUAGAAAGAAUCUGUCGAAUGUUUCACAACAUGUGCUUACAAAGCCCUACAGCAACUGUUGUUAACGUGACAUCAAAACCGAAAAGCAAGUGGAGACCAGUGGCCUUAGACACAGUGGAAUUAGAGAAACUAGCUUCAAGAAAGAUGCGAAUUUCCGCCAAAGAAACCAUGAGAAUAGCAGAAAAACUUUACACGCAAGGAUUCAUAAGCUAUCCACGUACAGAGACAAAUAUUUUCCCGAAGGACUUCGACUUAGCUGGUCUAGUUCAAAAUCAGACUCAAGAUCCGAACUGGGGAGAGUUUGCUGCAAACAUUCUUAAUUUCGGAGUGAAUCCAAGAAAUGGACGCAAAACAGAUAAUGCACAUCCACCUAUUCACCCGACAAAAUAUACAAAUAACCUCCAGGGAAACGAAAGAAGAAUUUACGAGUUUGUUGUUCGGAACUUCUUGGCUUGCCUUUCACAGGAUGCUAAAGGCAGCGAAACGACGGUUAAAAUUAGCAUUGCCAACGAGAAGUUUACAGCCAGUGGUCUUGUCAUCCUAGAAAGGAACUAUCUGGAUGUUUACCCAUACGAAUCCUGGAAUGCCAAGUUUCUUCCUGUCUACCAGCAAGGAACAACUUUUCAACCUGAUAACAUAGAGAUGGUUACUGGCGAAACAACACCCCCUCCUUUACUAACAGAAGCAGAUUUGAUUGCACUGAUGGAAAAACAUGGCAUUGGAACUGAUGCCACUCAUGCAGAGCACAUUGAAACAAUAAAAAACAGAAAGUACGUUGGGGAGCAAAAUGACAGAUCGCUAGUUCCAGGAGAACUUGGGAUGGGCCUCGUUGAAGGCUAUGAUUCGAUGGGGUUCGAAAUGUCCAAACCACAUUUGAGAGCCGAGCUAGAAAAUGACUUGAAAUGCAUUUGUGAAGGUAGAAAACGCAAGGAAGAUGUGCUUGCUGAACAAAUUCAGAAAUACAAGGAGGUUUUCGUUCAAGCUUCAGAGCAGGUUGGACGACUAGAUGAUGCAUUAUCAACUUACUUUGGCCAACCUUCACAAGCAGAUCCAGGUGUACCUAAUAUUCAAGAGCAACAGCAAAUAUCAGAGCCAGUUCGAAAAUGUCCGAAUUGUGGACGAUUUGAUUUAGUAUUAAGAACAACAAGAGAAGGAAGACUGAUGCUUGGAUGUCAAGGUUACCCUACCUGCAAAAACGGGAUUUUCCUUCCAAAGUUUGUUUUGAAAGCAACUCGACUAGCAUCAGUUUGUCCGCGAUGCCAGCCAAGCCCUGUUCAUAAAAUCGAGUUUGAGUUUAAAAGAGGCUCAGUUCCACCAAUGAUGCCUCUGAAUUACGUCAGUUGCCUUGGUGGAUGUGAUAAAGAGCUCCUCGACUUGAUAGAUGUUCGAGAUGCUUCAUCGGCAAGGCCAGCACAGCAACAAACAUUUGACAGGCCUAACAAUCUUGGUGGCAGAGGUCGGGGUCGUGACGAGCCAACUAGAGGAUCACAUAAUACGAACAGAGGGGCAAGAGGGCGCAGCAUGGGAGGGAACGGUGCAGCUGGGGGUUCGCGUCAAAGUGAUCCCUCUCGAGGUCGAGGCUCAACCAGAGGAGCUGGAAGCUCUACAAACCCGCAAGGGUCAGGCCGUGCUGGCGUAGCCAGAGGAGGUUCGACUGCAGGGAGAUUCGGUGAUGGAAAUGACACUGGCUUUUCUAAUAAUUCAUCCUAUGAUGGACGAAGGGGCAACACUGGCUCAGAUAAUGGGCUUGGAUUUAACUCCAGGCAAACCCCCGGUGACAGUUCUGUUGUUUGUGACUGCGAAAACGUAGCAUUGUUGCUUACCGUGCGAAAAGACGGUCCGAAUCAAGGCCGUCAGUUUUAUAAAUGUGGCAAUGACAACAAGUGUAAUUUUUUCCUCUGGGCUGAUGAUGGGCAAACGAAUACUGGAACGAGAAAUGCAGGGGCUUUUCCUGCUCAGCCAAACCGACCAACUGCCUCGUUUAGUGCUGGCCCAGAUGUAGGAGAUCAAAUUAAAUGUAAAUGCAAUAUGGACGCUGUCAGCCGCACAGUAAGCAAGGAUGGUCCUAACAAAGGUCGACCGUUUUAUUCGUGCUCGAAACCAAUUGGACAAUCAUGUGGCUUCUUUCAGUGGGGAGAUGAGGGUGACACAGGCAACCAGUCAAAUGCUGCUCCUGGAAGAGGGGGCUUUGGGGGACGGGGAAAUUGGAGAGGGGGCAGAGGAAGAGGUGCUUCGGGCUCAGCACCUGGUGGACAAAAGAAAAGAAAAUGCGGUGCUUGUGGUGAAGAAGGUCACACAAAGAAGACUUGUAGAUAUGGUUAACAGUUUAAAGAAAUUUACACUCAGUCACAGAAGCAUGGGUUCAAGCAUUUUAAAUAUAAUUAUUUGGUUUGUGGAUGUUUUGUUUGUAGAAAAUUGUAAUAUAUUUCACACCUAGUAUAGUACUAGUAACAUUUUAUAGCUUCGAAGUAAUAAAGAAUCAAGUUUGACCUCUUAAUAUGACCCUCUAAUUGUCUCUCGUUUAUUUCUUUUUCUCGUGCUAUUGCUCCUAUAUUUCUUCGAUUCAAACUUAGCUUUUUAAUCUUUUCAUUAUUUGUCGCAGGUUUAUUGAAUUAAUUAUCAAACCAGUUUCUUUCUAUCUAAACGUUUUUCUCUAGGUUUGUUUCUAGUUAUGGUUCUUUUUUUAAAGAACACUACAAGGAAUUUUUUUUAAGUUAUGCAUUGUUUAUCAAUUUUGUUUUAUGGGGGCGAGAACAUUCGCUCGAUAGCUCGAUACAAUAUCAAGUUUCUUUCCGGCCUCGAUUCUGCGUCAUAUUGGA